UUCCUGUUCUGGGGCAGACGCUUCUCUUGUUUUGAAGCAAUUCUCUCUCUCUCUCUCUCUCUCUAUCCCCUUGAAUUAAAAUUUAGGUGUUUGGCAGUUUCGUUUCUUUACUUAUUUUUUUUUUGUAAAGUUGUUAUGAGUACCUCAAACCCUGAGAGGUUAGAUCCAGGAGGUGGUAAAAACCAGAUCCCAGCCAUUAUAAGGGAGGAUUGUGUGUACACCAGCUGCUAUUGUGAAGAAAAUGUGUGGAAGCUUUGUGAAUACGUAAAGAACAGAAGACAACAUCCUCUGGAAGAAUGGUACACUGUUUUUAUAUCAAACGACCAAAAGAUGGUGCCCAUCUGGAGUCAGCAGUCUGGAAGUGGCAGUGAGCCUGUAAUCUGGGAUUACCAUGUUAUCCUACUUCAUGAUUGUGGAGGACAGCACUGUGAGAUCUAUGACCUGGAUACAACACUUCCAUUUCCAUGUCCUUUCGAUACUUACACGAAAGAAGCCUUCAGAUCUGAAGAUCUCAUCAGACCAGCUUUUCGAAGAAAAAUGAGAGUGGUAAGAGCAGAUCUCUACCUGAAGACAUUUGCUUCGGAUCGGUCCCAUAUGAAAGAUGUUAAUGGAUUGUGGCGCAUGACUCCUCCAGCAUAUCCUUGUAUUCAAACAGCAGAAGCAAAGAUGAACAUAAAUGAUUUUAUCAGUAUGACUCCUACCAUCGGAUGGGGCGAUGUCUAUACUCUCCCAGAAUUUGUCCAACAAUUUGGAAGUUCAAAGUUGUAAUAUUUGGAAGAAAAACUAUUCAAAGCUUCCAACUGCAGUCCUUGCCCCAUGAGAAGAACUGCAUAAGAGAGGGACACAUAAUCCUCCAAGAAGCAGCAUUUUGGGUCUUUGAAGUGUGCAAAAGACCCCAAAGAGCACACAGGACAGCAGGAUUGCAGCAGAGAGAGGCAGACAAAAGGAAAUUGAAUUCAAACUAUCGAUGGUGGAAAUGGUGACUCUGCAGAGCCUCUCAAAUAGGAAUCAUUGCUCAAGAAUGAACUCUUAGCAUAAGAGGGAGAAAAUGUGAUGAACUGUUUCUGACAGCCACAAGCUAUAACUUUGUCCGUUGAACGCAUCAUAGUGCAGACUGUUCCUUCGUGCAUUGAUAACAAGGACAUCAAUCAUAUUUGAUCAGUGUGGAAACCUGCAAAAUAUUGUUAAUCCACAAAGCAAAAUAGUUCAAUAAACUUGCAACUUUCCAAGGCUUAA